GCAUUUCGCACAUCGCCAUUUCCCUGCUGUGUCUCGAGCGCUUUUUUGAACAACUGCAUUUAACUUUGAGGAAAUUUCGCAAAUGCCAAGAGAUAUACUCUACUUAGUGUUCUCGAAAGAUCUUAUGUGACUUGGUGACAGCGUAAAUAUUGCCCUCUAGAUGGCGCUACUGUAUCAUACAUUGUAAUAAACUCAAACAGUUUGUCUGCCAAUACACUUGACCCGCAUGGAAGGUCAAAUAGUGAUCGUUUAAUACAAUUUGGUAAGAUAAAUCACUGUUAGUUGGUUAUUUAUGUGAGAAAAUUUCUUCCAACUCUUUACAAGUGUUUUUUAAUAAUUUCAUAUUUUUUUUAAUUAGGACUUAGAGAAAUGGAAACAUCGGCUUCCACCGAUCUCGAUGUUGGGAGGCGUCCCAUGAUGAAUGCAUGGACUGCCUCAGACGCUCCUAAUUUAUCUCAGAUACCGCAAUUUUGCAAUUUCACGGCAAACACACCGUCUUGUAGUUCGAUGAACUCAUUUAAUUCACCGAAUCGUAUCUCAUCAUAUGCCCCAGAGUACUCGAUGACGUCACAGCUUCAGCAGACUUUUCCCUCCAUGAAUCCAACCUUUAACUCGAGGACGAACUUACCUUUCUACAAUGAUAUGUAUGGACCGUCAGGAACUAGUAAUGGUGGAGGUUUUGUUCCAACAGAAUUUCCAGGAGGCAUGGGUUCAUUAUCUAGAUUUGAACAGGAUCCUAAUUUUUACGGCGAUACCGCACCUCAAAGUGGAGAUCAACCUCGACAGAGGAAAAAACGUAAGCCUUAUACUCGAUACCAAACUAUGGUGUUGGAGUCGGAAUUUUUGGGAAAUUCCUAUAUAACUAGGCAAAAAAGAUGGGAAAUUUCAUGUAAACUUCAGCUGACCGAACGACAGGUGAAAGUUUGGUUUCAAAAUCGUCGAAUGAAGAAAAAAAAACUGGUUGAAAGAUCGAAGACAAUGAUCAAAAAUGAUGGAAUGGAUGAGAAAAGAAGCAAUAACAUUAACGUCAACUCAUUUGCAUAAUUUGCCAUAAUUUCCUGUGCCCUAUAUUUCUACUACUUUUUCGUGUAUAGUUUGUGUAAA